AUGGACGUGGGGAGAGAGUUGGACAAGAUGAAGCGCCGUGCAGCUGCUGGCCCUGAUGGCAUUGGCGUUGAUCUUCUUUGGCAUAUCCGUGCACGGGGUGAUGGGGUGCUCGCUGACAUUGCCAACUCGGUUGUCCGGGGUGAUGGAGAGGGUCAUGGAUGGGACCGUAGCCUGCUUGCCCUCCUCCCCAAGAUCGCUCAACCGGGGGGCCCGGGGGACCUUCGACCCAUCGCUGUGUCGAGUGCCAUGCUUAAACUGGUGGUCCGUUUGAUCAUGCACCGCUGCUUUCCCCUUCUCCGUCUUCCUUCGUCUGUCAGCGCAUGUGGCAAACAGCGUCAGGCAGCUGACUUGCUGGGGGUGACUACGCGGCUCAGGGAUGUGUCCCGCGAAUGGCGCAUUCCCCUGCUCGUGGCGAAGUUGGACGUUAGUGGGGCGUUUGACAACAUACGCACGCGGGCAGUGGCUGAGCACCUCGUCCAGGGACUGUGGGGGUGCCCAGUGGAACUUCGCUUCCUGCUCCAGCAGCUUGGGGAGAAUGUGCUCGACGGCGUGGCGCCUGGAGGAGAACGCCUCGUUGUUCACGCCAACAAGGGCAUCCGGCAGGGGUCCCCCGAAUCGGCUGAGAUCUUUGGCAUGCUCAUGACACUGGCGGUCGAGGAGGCAACAGCGGAUGCUCGGUGGCUUGCAUUUCGGGGAGCAUUGGCUGAUCUGCCCGUGGCGGUGGUGGUGUACCAGGACGAUGUCUUCCUUUGGGAUAGUGACCCACAGGCGCUCGAGCAGAAAAUUCACAUCAUCGCGGAGAAGAUUGCUCAGCUGGGGCUUUCUUCCCCCACUAAGACCGCCGUUGCAGCCUCCGGGGCGUAUGCAGGCCGCCGGCAGCUGGAUGUGAUGGGGCAGCGUGUGGUGGUUGGCGACUCGAUUCGGGUGUUGGGGGUGAACUUGGACUUCAAAGGGAGCUCGCGGGGACAGGCGGCGGAGAUGUUGCAGCGUGCGCACAAUGCUGCGUGGGCUCAUGAUGAGUUGCUUCGGGGUCAAGGGAGCAGAGCAGCCAAAGCCGCCAUGGUGAGGAGCCUUGUUGAGGGCACGUUCACUUGGGGGGCGGGGGCGUUGCAUUGGCCUCAGGAGCAGCUACAAAAGGCGAACACCGUUCAACUCCAGGUGUUGCGCCGUGCGUUUCGCAUGGGCAGGCAGCGGGGGGGAGGACUGGGUGGGCUGGAACGCACGCACGCUUCGUGA